AUGACCUCUAAAGCGGAACCUCUUUCCAUCGAGUCCCUCCUCCAAAAGCAGAGACAGGAGAAGGAGGCUGCCUCGAAACCCAAAUUCUUAUCAAAAGAGGAACGUGCAACGAUUGCCAUUGCUAAACGUGCUCAGGAGCUCAGAGAACAACGAGAAAGAGAUGAGAAAUCAAAGCAGGACAGGGAUACACUAGAGCGAGACGCGGAGGAGGUCAGACAGAGAGAGCGCAAUCAGUCUAGGUAUGGCGCUGGUGGUGGUGGUAGUCGAUAUGACGAUCGCUAUGCGCAUCCCGAAAAAGACAAAGACCGUUAUGCACGACGAGAUGGUCGUGAUUCACGAGAUAAUAGAGACCGACGGGCUCCCCCUGAUCACCGACCUCCUCAAGCUCAGAAAAACUAUCAAAAUGUACCAACAGGCCCUCGAGCAGAUCGUGGAAAAGCCCCUCCAUCUGGUCCAGCGUCCACAACAAACUCUCCAGCUCCCUCUUCUUCAAUGCCUCCUCCUCCGGUCCCAUCCAACCCUAAUGGACAGUCGACUCUUCCCGAAUCCUCGACUCCAUACGUACCCCCCAUGACCAACGAUGACCUCCACGCCAUUCGUUCUCGGUAUUUGGGUGUCGACAAGAAGAAGCGCAAGAUUCGCAAAAUGAACGACCGAAAGUUCGUUUUCGACUGGGACGAACAAGACGAUACGUUUGCAGAAGACUCGCCUGUAGCUGUGGGAACUCAUCGUCAGGGGGCUCAGGUUAUGUUCGGACGUGGUAGACUUGCUGGUAUGGACGAUGGCGGAGCUGGGUCAAGAAGAGGUCCUGCUCUCGAUACCCACUUGGCAGAUUCUAUGGAGCGACGUAAAGCAGCCAAGUCUGGGCUUGACGAGAGGCAUUGGUCCGACAAGUCGUUGGAUGAGAUGAAGGAGAGAGAUUGGCGCAUUUUCCGAGAAGAUUUCAGUAUUUCUGCUCGAGGUGGAGCUAUCCCUCAUCCGCUACGCUCAUGGACGGAGUCUGCCAUACCUGAAAUUAUACUGGAUGUCAUCGCCAAAAUUGGUUACAAAGAACCAUCUGCCAUUCAACGACAAGCCAUUCCUAUUGGUCUGCAAAAUCGUGAUAUCAUUGGUAUCGCUGAAACUGGUUCGGGUAAAACUGCAGCCUUCGUCAUCCCUAUGCUUUCAUUCAUAUCUACAAUGCCGCCGUUUACCGACGAGAUCAGACAUUUGGGCCCUUAUGCUCUUAUUCUAGCCCCGACUCGUGAGUUGGCGCAACAAAUCGAAAGCGAAGCCCGGAAAUUUGCUACCCCACUCGGGUUCCAUUGUGUUUCUAUUGUCGGAGGACGAGCUGUAGAAGAGCAACAGUUCAACCUUCGUGAAGGUGCUGAAAUCAUUAUCGCCACGCCUGGUCGUCUCAAAGACGUUCUAGAGCGACACGUCCUUGUCCUUUCCCAAUGCCGGUAUGUGGUCAUGGACGAAGCUGACCGAAUGGUACACCUCGGUUUCGAGACGGACUUGCUCUUCAUCCUCGACAAACUCCCAAGUGAAACGAUGGCGGGCGAAGACAUGGGUGAGCAGAUGGACGUUGAUGGAGAGACGUUGGUCAAGAAAGGGCGUACGCGCGUGACGACGUUGUUCUCAGCGACGAUGCCUCCAGCUGUCGAAAGGCUUGCGCGGAAGUACUUGAAGAAACCAGCCAUCAUCACGAUCGGUGAGGCUGGUAGGGCUGUGGACACUGUCGAGCAACGAGUCGAGUUCGUGAGCGGAGACGAGAAGAAGAAGCAACGCUUGCUGGAGAUCUUGAACAGCGGGAUGUAUGCUUCGCCCAUUAUCGUUUUCGUCAACCAGAAGAAGACUGCGGAUAUGGUGGCGAAGGACCUAUCUCGUGCGGGCUGGAAUGCGGCGACGUUGCACUCGGGCAAAAACCAAGAACAGCGUGAAGCUUCUCUACAGGCACUACGCUCUGGGGAAAGCGACGUUCUAGUCGCCACUGAUCUCGCAGGUCGUGGUAUCGACGUGCAAGACGUCAGUCUUGUCAUCAACUUCCAAAUGGCUGGCACGAUUGAGGCAUAUGUCCAUCGUAUCGGUCGUACGGGACGAGCAGGAAAGCAGGGAACGUCGAUCACGUUCUUGACGAAUGACGAUGAUGAAGUGAUGUACGAUCUCAAGCAAGAAAUAUCAAAGAGCCCCGUGUCCAAGGUACCUAUGGAGCUUGCGAAGCACGAGUCAGCGCAGCAUAAAGUAUCGAGAGAGAUGAAGCGGAAGCGGGAUGCCGACGAUCUGGGAUGAGAGAGUGUCGAGGGCUGGGAAAGGGGGGAUGGAGAAUUACCAGUUUAGUGAAAGAAGUCAAGAAAAAAUGAAAAAAAGAUGCUCAGAGCGUGACCAUUUUGAUGUCCGAGGGCUCUCUUUCUACGAGUUAUGAAGAUAUCCCUACUCGGUGCUGCUGC